UAAAACACCUUCGGUCCGCUAUAUGUUAGAUAUUGAUACCCCGUCCGUUCAUCCUGUCUGUCACCUUUACCUCCUAACAUGGCUGCACAAAAGAAGAAUCGCGUAUGUUUGAUAGCGGUAGAUGGAAGUAAACAUUCAAAUUACGCUCUUGACUGGUUCGCAAAGCACGUCCAUAAGGAGAAUGACCGCGCCAUCUUGAUAACUUGUGUCGACCAUUCUUCAGCAUUUGCCUAUGGUCAUGCGUCCAUGGUACCGGGAAAUCCUGACGCCAUUACGAAGGCAUAUGCAAAAGAAGAGAAGAAGUCGAGUGAUUUACUGCACAAACUUGAGGCAGAAGCUCUGAAACACGGGGUGGCAGUAGAAACUCUCAGAGUCGGUGGCGAUGCGGGGGAAGCCAUAGUUAAGGCGGCAGCGGAAUACGAGGCGGAUCUGAUUGUGACCGGAUGCCGAGGUCUGGGACAGAUCCGGCGGACGAUGAUGGGAAGUGUCAGUGAUUACAUAAUCCAUCACUCUCAUACACCUGUACUUGUCUGUCGUCACGAUUGAUGACGUCCUCAUCAGUAUAGAAUUAGAGUAGAUUUUUAAAUAAAACACUA